AUGGUAGUAAUCAUUCAAUUCGCUGAAUUAGUAAUGGCGACGGACAUGCGUGCGAGAGCUUCGACUAUACCUGUUGGAGGAAAACGUUGUGUUGCUGGUGGCCCGAACGGGGUGAGUUGUGGAAAUAGUCAGCAUACGAAGGGAAUAUCUAUCCAUCAUUUUCCACACAAAGUUAAAGAUCGUGAGCGACAUUUGCUAUGGGUACGCUUCGUUCGCCGGCACCGGCCUAACUGGAAUCCGUCAGACCAAUCUGUUUUGUGUGGGAUUCAUUUUGACGAUGCCAGUUACACAAUGAGACGAGAUAUCGCAUUGUCACUCGGAAUGAAAGUUUAUUUAAAACCAGAUGCUGUUCCUUUGAUUGAUGUCGCGAAUAUUAGGGAAGAACAAGUCAGUUUGCCACUCCAAGCUCGUGAAAAAAGACAGAUUCUUCGGAACAUGAUUCGAGAGAAGCGACAGGACGACCAUGUUGUUGAAGGAGACGUUAUUUUACAAUCGCAUGGACCAAGUGACCACGAAAGUGCCGAAGAAGAAAUGCCAAGCGGAAGAAACACGGCAAAAGAUGGCGAGGUUGGGGAAAAAAAUUGUGAAAAAUGCGGUGUUCGUCAACAAAAAAUCCUUAAAUUACAAAAGAGAAUUCACAACCUGAAGAAAAGAAGGGAUGAAUUGAAAGCCAAUGCCCAACAGGAAAUUACUGAAUAUGACGACAAUGAUGAUUUUGAUGAUGAUGAUGAAGAAGGUGUAGCAAGAAAAAGAACAUUUUCAGAGAUGAGUGAUAUUUUACCUCGUGACGAGACUGAAUUUGAAGAAUCAGAUACGGACUGGUCAAGCCAUGAAGAAACUGAAUUUUCAUCAGACGAAGAGGUCCUUGAUACUGAUGCAAAAUUUGAUAAAAAAAACAGAGUUGAUUGUAGCCCUGAGACUAAGCCUACUGAUGAGCCCAAAUUUAUUGUCUUCUUUGGUAUGCUGAUGGCAAUAUUCAACCAGUUCUGUUUCAACUGUAAAGCAGAUAAGCCCAAUGUUCAGAUACAUCGAACAGGCUCAAUGGCAACUGUUACCCAGUCUUGCAGGCAAUGUGGCAAGGAGUUCAGGUGGAAGAGUCAGCCAUUGCUGUUUGGAAAAGUUCCUGCAGGGAAUCUUAUGAUGAGUUUUGCCAUUUUGACAUCUGGUGUUUCCAUAAGUCAAGUUCUUCUUAUGUUCAAACACAUGGGAUUAUUAGCAAUAUCAGUGCGUACUUUUUUUCUUCAUCAAAGAAAGUUUUUAUUUCCCUCUGUACUGUUGCAAUGGAACAAACAAUGCAAAUCAUUAAUCGAAAAAGUGAAGGAUCUGAAGGAUGUCCAAUGGUCAGGAGAUGGACGUUUUGAUUCGAUGGGGCACAAUGCCAAAUAUGGUGCUUAUACAAUGUUCUGCAACUCCAUCUCAAAAAUUGUCCAUUUUGAAGUAGUACAGGCCAAUCAAGCUGGGAGUUCCAAUGCAAUGGAAUUAUUUGGUGCAAAGAGAUGCUUUGAAUUUCUGAAGAAUGCUGGAUUGAAGAUACCUUCUUUCAUCAGUGACAGACACAGAAGCAUAGCAAAAUGGAUCCGCGAAUCAGAGCCAGAGACAAAGCACUUCCAUGACUUCUGGCAUGUAUCUAAAAGUAUAACAAAGAGACUCCUAGCAGCAAGUCAAGAAAAGGGAAAUGAAAUUUUGAAAUCAUGGAUGAAAGGAAUUCGAAACCAUUUGUAUUGGUGUGCUGUUUCCACAAAACAAGGCUUUGGAGAACUGAUUAUUGCAAAAUGGAAGUCGAUAAUGCACCAUGUUGCAGAUCAACAUUCAGACCAUCCAGAUCCCUUAUUCCAAAAUUGUGCCCAUGAAGAAAUUGAGCCUCGUGACUGGAUACCGAAAGGAACCCCACAGCAUGACAAGCUUGGUCUAAUUUUGAUGAAUGGCAACUUAUUAAAAGAUAUUGAAAAGCUAUCCUCAGAUGCCCAAACAAGCUGCCUCGAGGGCUUCCAUUCCUUGCUGAAUCACUGGCAUCCCAAGAUGACCCAUUUUUCUUGGCUUGGAACAAAUUGCAGACAUGCAUUGGCUGCCAUGCAUUUCAAUGAAAAUAUUCAGAGGGAAAGAAAAAGGACUACUGAUGGUGAACUAUCCUACAAUGUGCUUUACCCAAAGUUCAAGCUUGGAGAAGAAGUAGUGCGUGUGGUUGCCAUUCCUCCAACUUAUAGUUAUGUUAACGAUAUCAAAGACAUUAUGCUGUCAAAAUCAAUACAAGACCUGAAAGAAGCAUUUGAGAAUUUUACCAGAGAUAUCCCAGAGUCACUGACAAGUCAGUUCACAGAACGACGUACAAAAGCUGAUGCAAUCAAGUACCAAAAUGAAAGAAAGUCUAUACAGACUCCAUAUUAUCCAACAAUUGAACAGCAAGAAGAGCUGCAGUCAUCAGCUUCUCCUGCAAUCAUUCCAAAGAAGACAAGAGCCCCACCCUCUUGUAAGAAAUGCAAAAAGCCAAAGUUGGGUCAUCCAAGAGACCACUGUCCAGAGGCAACAGUUGCCCCUCCAUCUGAUUGAUCGGACUAAUAUUUU